AUGGAAUUUACGGACGCCGCGCAAAAACCGGUGCCGAGGCCGUUUUCGAUCGAGGCCCUGAUGAGCGACUGCGUGCCGAGAAAAGUCGAAACGUCGUUUGUCUAUGACAAUGUUAAAAGUAGUGAUUUAAUGUCGUCAGAUGACAGUGGUGAUAAUAUGGAUUUGGCUCAGGAUUUGAGCAGGCGGAGUCGAAAAGAUGCCGACGGUUCGGAUUUGGACGAUGACGACACGCAAAAUUCCGAUUCCGGCCCGAAAACGCGCAGGCGCAGAACCGCGUUUACGAGCGAGCAACUUUUAGAGCUGGAGCGGGAAUUUCACGCUAAAAAAUACCUUUCAUUGACCGAGCGGAGUCAGAUCGCUUCCGCUCUAAGGCUGAGCGAAGUUCAAGUCAAAAUCUGGUUCCAGAACCGCCGAGCCAAAUGGAAACGGGUCAAGGCGGGCCUGGGCGGCCCGCACCAGACUCAGAAGGGCCGGGACGGUCCGCACCAACAGAAAAAUUCGAAACUCGUCGUCCCGAUUCCCGUACACGUCAACCGGUUCGCCGUGCGCAGUCAGCACCAACAAAUCGAGCGGGCUUUAGGAGUUUUGGCCGGACACGCAGCUUUCCGAGUCGGAUUGGAUUUUCACGCGUUUCAUCCUCAUAACCAUCAUCAGAACCAGCAGCAGCGGUCGCCGCCUCGUUAAAUGUAAACGUUUAUCUCGGAUCAGAAGCGGUUCUGAGUCGUUUUGAGUCAUGAAAAGUUGUUCUGAGUCAGUUGGAUUAAAAAGGGUUCUGAGUCAUAAAAAAAAAACGUUCUCAGUCAAAAAAGUUCGUUCUGAGUCAUUGAAGUCGUUCUGAGUUGUGAAAAGUCGUUCUGAGUCAUGAAAAGUCGUUCUGAGUCAUGAAAAGUUGUUUUGAGUCAAUCUGGAUUAAAAGCGUUCUGAGUCAUAAAAAAUCGUUCUGAGUCAAAAAAGUUCGUUCUGAGUCGUCUAUUUUGGAUCAGAAAAGUCAAUUUUACGAAAAAUUCGAAACAAAUUGAAAUUAGGCAACAGAUUGGGAUUGGGCGUCAAAUUUGAUUAAAUUGGGAUUGGGCGUCAAAUUUGGUUAAAUUGGGAUUGGGCGUCAAAUUUGGAUCAAAUCGAAACUGGGAUUAGGGAUCAAGUUGAAUUUUUGAAAAAUGACACCCAAUCCCAAAUUACCCAAAUUAGAUGCCCAAUCCCAAUUUAACUAAAUUUGACGCCCAAUCCCAAAAUGACCAAAUCGGACACCCAAUUCCAAAAUGACCGAAUUUAACGCCCAAUCUCAGUUUAAACCAAAUUCGAUGCCCAAUCUCAAAUUUGACGCCCAAUCCCAAAAUGACCAAAUUUGACGCCCAAUCUCAGUUUGAACCAAAUUUCGGUGCCCAAUCUCAAAUUUGACGCCCAAUCCCCAAAUGACGCCCAAUCAUAAUUUGAUCCAAAUUCGGUGCCCAAUCUCAAAUUUGACGCCCAAUCCCAAAAUGACCGAAAAUUACGCCCAAUCCCAAAAUGACCAAAUUUGACGCCCAAACUCAGUUUGAACCAAAUUUCGGUGCCCAAUCUCAAAUUUGACGCCCAAUCCCAAAAUGACGCCCAAUCAUAAUUUGAUCCAAAUUCGGUGCCCAAUCUCAAAUUUGACGCCCAAUCCCAAAUUCGGGGCCUGAAACUCCAAAAACCGCGACAAAAUCCGAGAUAAACGUCGUAGAAAUGUAAAAACUCCGUGCAAUAUUUCUUUUCCCAAAAACUUGAAGUUGUAGAUAAUAUUUUGUACUUUACGUGUGAGUGAAUCAAACAACUUGUACUAUAUUUUUAAUGUAAAUAAAAUAGGAAUUUUUU